GGAUAACAAGACUCUGCCAGGCACGACAGGAACCGGCGGUAACUUUCUCCAGCCAAGAGUUCCACAUACGUUUACAAGCAGCAAUUAGCCCUUUUCCGCUUGAUUAUAUCCACUUCCCACUUUCAUAUCCCCUUCUCCAAAUUUUCACGAUAAUGGUAGCCAAAAACGUUGCAGUAACCGGUGCUAGUGGUCUUCUUGGACGAGCUGUUGCCGCCUACUUCAUCUCCCAGGGUGACCAAGUCAUCUCUCUCGCCAAUAGCCGAGCUGAUAGGGACCCUCACUACACCAAGCUCGACUUGAUGGACCAGGAGGCUGUCAAAAAUUUCUUCGGAAGCAACGACAUAGACUUUGUCGUACACUGCGCUGCCGAGCGCCGCCCUGAUGUUGCUGAGGCCGAUCCCGAGAAAGCCGCAAAGAUUAAUGCUGCUGUCCCUGCUCAGCUUGCUUCUCUUGCCAAAGAGCAAGGGUUCACUCUUAUUUACAUUUCCACUGACUAUGUCUUCAAUGGUCGCAACCCUCCUUAUGAGGUCAAUGACACCCCUGACCCUCUUCAAAUGUACGGUCGUCAAAAGCUCGACGGUGAAAAGGCUGUCCUCGCUGAGCAUGAGAAGGGUGCAAAGGUCUCUGUUCUCCGAAUCCCCGUUUUAUACGGGAGGACAGAAUACAAUGCUGAAUCCGCCGUCAACAUCCUUCGAGAUGUUGUCGAGGACCAGUCUGGCAAGACCUAUAAGAUGGAUGCCAGACAAGUCAGAUUCCCUACCAACGUGGAAGACAUUGGCCGGGUGCUUUAUGAUCUGGCUCACUUGGAGAAGCCACUCCCUCCCAUUUUGCACUAUGCUUCUCCAGCUCCUGCUCUUACUAAAUAUGACAUGACGAGUAUCAUUGCAAAGCAUUUGAAUCUCCCUAUUGACCAUGUUAUUAAAGACACAACCGUUCCCACCGGUGCCACUCCUCGACCAGAAAACACUCAAUUGAGUACCAAGGUCUUGAAGGAACUGGGCAUCGAUGUGAGCGAAAAGAAGACCUUUGAAGACUGGUGGGCAGAGUAUGUCAAGGAAAAGUAGAGUAUGACAAGUUGAUACGCGAGUGCCUAAAAAGACUAUCAGACUAGGGUGGUAUGCAUGAAAGAAGCCCGAGAACGAAUGGCACAAGUACAAGUCAUCUA